AGGGCAACACUUUAAACCGUGCCAUCGAGCAUCUACGUCCUGUUUAGUACAUAAACGAUAGUUCAAGUUCUAAUAUUAUUUAAAUGUGCUCCUAAUUAAAAACCAAAAUAUUGUGUUUAUUUGAACGAAUGUUUAUUUAAAAUUUUACCAUUAUUUGUUAUAAGAUAUUUAUUUCUAUCUUUGGUGAUUACAAUAUUCGUUAGUUUAAGUGCAUCGAUUGUGCAGUGCCUUUUUCUAGUAUUUGUGUUAUUGUUGAUAUAAUUUUGAUAUUGAAAUAUUUUUAUGAUUGUUUCUACUUAUUUGAUUAUGGUGUGUGCUAAUCUAAUCUUUGCUGUGCCCAGGUGAUUUAAAUGAUUUCUAAUUGUGUUUCUUUAUUGUGUGUUAAAUACUGCAGAAUUGGGAGUUUAUGUAAAAUUAAGUGAUCUGUGAUUCAUUUUGUUUUUAUUAUCUGUGUGAAAGUGUAGUUACUGCAUUUAUAAAAUGAAAAGACAACAGGAACGUGAUUCCCCUGUUAAAACUAAACGGUCCCAUUCAUCUAUAUCGCGAUAUGAUGAUAGUCCACGGGACCGAUCAUCACCGGAUCGCAGGGAAAGGCGCGGUUCUAAUAAAUCGCCAAAUGAACGGCGAGGACGAACGAGAGAUUCUUCUAAUGAGAGGGGCAUUACUAUUAGCCGCUCUGGCAGUGUUAUUGGCAGAGAUUCAUAUGAUGAUUAUCCACGCAAUAUUAAAUCAGAACGAGCUCCACCGCCUAUGUCUAAAGUUUUGUGUGUGUCUAAUUUAAACCAUAAAGUAAAUGACGCCUCAAUUCGUGAUGCAUUAACUCGUGAAUUUAAUCGUUUUGGUGAAGUGAGUGUUAAAGUGUUUCAUAGUGGUAGUGAACGUGUUGCAUAUGUGUAUUUCAGAACGUACGAAGAUGCCCGUGAUGCUCGCCAUUCUAAGGCCCGGCUUGUGCUAUUUGAUAAACCUGUGCAAAUCGAACCUGUGUUUGACAGAGGUGCUACAGGUAGGAGAAACAGGAGUGUUAGUCCUGAAUUUGGUAGCUUACGUGCUGUUUCUCCUGCUCACUCAUCAGCAAGUAAUACUAGUUUGGGACGCCAUACAUUGGGGGGUGGGAGGCAAAAUGCUAUUGAAAGAAACCCUGCUUAUUCCCAUCCUCGUGAUGGAAUAAGACGAGAAAUGCAUAAUGAUUUUCACCAUCAUCCUCCUCACAGACGUGACGACUCUAAAAAAGAAAAAUUUCCAAACUAUUUACAUCAUGUGCCCCCUGAAGAAGAUGACAAAGCAACUAGGACCUUGUUUGUUGGUAAUUUAGAAGUGACCAUUUCGGAGGCUGAACUCCGUAGGAUAUUUGAAAGAUACGGUGUAGUUGAAGACAUUGAUGUAAAACGUCCAGCUCCUGGCCUUGGAAAUGCAUAUGCCUUCAUUAAGUUUUUAAAUUUAGACAUGGCUCAUAGAGGCAAGGUUGAAAUGUCAGGCCAAUAUAUCGGUAAAUUUCAGUGCAAAAUAGGAUAUGGUAAAGCUACUCCAACUACUAGAAUAUGGGUUGGUGGUUUAGGUCCAUGGACAUCUCUCUCACACUUAGAAAGAGAAUUUGAUCGUUUUGGUGCCAUCCGUAAAAUUGAUUUUGUUAAAGGUGAAAAUCAUGCCUAUAUUCAAUAUGACAGCAUUGAUGCAGCUCAGGCAGCUUGCCAAGAAAUGAGGGGUUUUCCUCUUGGUGGACAAGACAAAAGACUGCGUGUUGAUUUUGCUGAUCCUGGACCAUAUAGUUAUUACCAAUCUCCUUCUAGAACUGGAUUUCGAGAUGAGGAAGGCUAUGGCCCACCUCCAACAUCAAAAAGAUCAAGUUUUAGAGGUGAUGGUCCACCUCCUGAUGAUUACUAUUCCGGAAUAGAAAAUAGUUGGUCUAGAAAUAAUGUGUAUGAAAAUCAGCAAUAUGACCCCGUGUACGAUAGGUCACCUAAAUUUCAAGGUCGGGAUUCGUGGGGACUUACUGAACACGAAGAAAGGCACGAUUACCGUGGAGGUUGGAAUCGUAAUCAUCAGGGUUGGUGGGAUGACCAUUCUAGGGGUGGGAGAAAUGAUAAUUCAGACCGUAGAAAACGUGGUCGUUCACCAGAAGUCGAUGAAUCCGAACAACUUGGUCAUGAUAUGUAUUAUAAGAGACCUAGGUCACACAAUGCUGAUCGCGUUGAUUAUGAUCAUCCACCUCUUGGCAAAGAUACUCUUUCACCUCGACGCAAUCGCAGCAAUGGUGGUGUUAAUCGCCGUGCAUCGAGAGAUGGCCAUUUGACUUCGGAUGGACGAAGUGAUUUUCGUAAGGAUUAUGAAUUUGAUACAAAAAAUGACCGUAACAGACGGCAGGAUUUUGAUAAAAAGAGACAAGGCCAUGAUUUAAAAGAUGGUGUGACAAUUGCGGACAAUGUAGAUAAUCUGCAAGACUUAGCAAAAUGUUGCCCUGUUGCUUGGCAAGGGGCACUUGUGUUAAAGAACAGUGCUUUUCCUACACGUAUGCAUGCAUGCAGUGGAGAUCCAUCAUUAGUUGAUUAUAUGAUGAAAGAUCUAGAACUCCCCAUGUUACGUAUUACUCAAAGAUUGCGCUUAGAUCCCCCUAAGCUAGAUGAUGUGUCUCGGAGAAUAUCUUCUGCUGGACCUCACGGCCAUUGCCUUUUACUAACGUUUCCUGGUCCAAUUCAACCAGGAGAAGAUCAAUCUGCUGCUGUGCAACAACGACCACUCCGGAAUCUUGUAUCAUAUCUUAAACAAAAAGAAGCUGCUGGUGUUAUAUCCUUGCCUUGUAAUUCAAAAAAGGAUGGCAAAGACGCAAAUGGUGUUAUGUAUGCUUUUCCUCCUUGUGCAUUUGCUUUAGAAUUGUUAAGACGUGUCGCUUCAAACCUAACUUCUGACUCCUCUAAAGAGGAUCAUUUGGUAGUGGUGGUAGUUAAGGGUUCAUCUUAAAUUACAAUUCCCAAAGUUUUAGCCAUUUCUUAUAUUAACGAAAAAAAAGUGAAAUUGAGUGUUAUUGUGAUCUUUUUGAAUUGAUUAUUACAAGUGCUUAGUUAUUCAUCAGAAACAUUCAGUGCCACACAUAUGAAGGUUUAUUGUAUCUUUGCAUUAGUUUCCUUUUCCUUAUGAAUCAGUUCGUGCAACUUUUCCAGUUACAUUAUAUAGUUUAUCGUGAAAAUAAAAUAUGCUGGUUUGAUGUAUUAAUUUUCAAUCCUAAUCUUAUCAGCUCAAUUGAUUGUGCCUUUUUUUUUUAAAUUAAGAAAAGGUAAGAACUUCAAUCCUAUUAAAGUAUGAAUUAUCAAUAAUUUAAUUUGUUUUUUAACAUACUUAAUUUGUUUUACUUGUGCUAAUACUUAUUUUUUAUCAGUACAAAACGAAUCGUGAAUGGUCUCACAUAAUUAAUGUGGCAAAUGCUUGUGAUUAAUAAUUGGAGGAAAAUAUUGUAAAUAUAACUGUCGAAUUGGUUGUUAACCCCAUAUGUGUUAUGCGUUGCUUAAAUGACACUAAUUAAUUUGAUGAUAGUGAUAUGUACAUAUAUUUUUAAAAUAGGAUUGACAAUCGUGGUGUGUGAAAAUGCUAUUGAUCAUCUGCUGUAAAAAAAAGAAAUUUUUUCAUGAAUUUAUUUACAUUAUUAAAAUAAUAAUUAAUAUGAUUCUAAGUUAUAUUCUUCAUUUUAAUGUUCUAUUAACAUUUCUUAUGGAAAUUCUUUCUAUAUUUAGCUGUUUGAACAGUAUGAUAUAUGAUAUCCCUGAAUUUCAAACUUAGCAAUUUCUUUUAUGUGCAGCUUUAAGCUCACACUUUCAUGAAUAAGGAUGUUUAAAAUUUCGUCAAAUUUUAUAUUAUUACAUUUAUGUUCUUAGAAUUAUUGACUUUCUCUAUAUAAUCAGUUAAUAAUAUAUCUCCUAAAUUAAAUUAUACAAAUAUUUAAUUGUUUUUGCUGCCUUUUGAAAGCUUGUCUUGAAUAGCAGAAUUAUUAAAAACUAAUCUUUCAUUAUGGUAAAUUAACUAAUUCUUUAAAAUAUCAGAUCUGUAAAAAGCAAUGAAUGCUUAUAAUAAUUUAAAGAUUGUAUAUAAUUUUUGUCAAAUCAAGUUUUUAGUUUUCAUGCAUUUCUUAAUACUAAAACUUAGUUUAAUUGAAAAUUAAAUGUUUUGAAAUCGUGAUUAGUUAUAAUUUUAUUUUAAUCCACUAAGUUAUAACUUUCUUUUAUUUAUAAUUACUU